AUGGACUACACAUCCAUUGAGACACCGGCUGCCUGCUACGCCGAUUUCUGCCUUAUACCCGUUGGUACAGGCAAAAUAUCCGUCGCAGAAGAGGUCGCCGAGGUGCAGCGCGUGAUAAAGGCUAGCGGGCUUAAGUACACGAUGCACUCGGCUGGCACCACGGUUGAAGGUACCUGGGACGACGUCAUGGCCGUCAUUGGCAAGGCGCACACCGUCGUUCAUCGUCGCGGUGUUUUGCGCGUGCAGUCUUCUAUGCGCGUGGGAUCAAGGACGGAUAAGAAGCAGACGGCGGAAGAAAAGGUUAAGCGUGUCAACGAUAUCCUGGCGAGUGAUGCUUGA